UAAUUCAACUUUAUAUAGUAUAAAACACAGGUUGAGAUCGCUCGAACUGCUCUUUGCCACUGCACAUGCGUGAAUUUUCUCUGCUAUUUGUGUUGUUGGCUGCCCUGCUACCCGUAAGCUUCAUUCUCUCACUGGUUGCAUCGCCAUAGUCUUAAUCGCAGUCCUCUUGUCGGUGUCUCGUUUGUGUUUAGGUCGUCAUGGCGUACAACGGCGAAGGCAUGGCUAAGAGACCUCGAACUGAGUUAGAUUCAAGCAGGAACCACACCUCGGAGCAGUAUACUAACAAUUUCAAUGAAGAGUUGAGGCGAAAAAGGCCAGAGAACCUCACCCCCAACCAUGUGUUGCUGUUCACUAUCGUCAACCCUCUCUACCCCAUCACAGUGCAUGUUCUUCACACGAUCUGCUCGCCCAUUGGCCAGGUGCAGAGGAUCGUUAUCUUCAAGAAGAACGGCGUCCAAGCUAUGGUUGAGUUCGACAGUGUAGAUACAGCAAAGCGUGUCAAGGAAGAACUGAACGGGGCUGACAUCUACUCGGGCUGCUGCACAAUCAAGAUUGAGUUCGCUAAGCCCACAAAAUUGAAUGUUCACAAGAAUGAUUCAGAAAGCUGGGACUACACCACACCUACUCCUGCUAAGGCUGCUGAUGCUGCUAACAGACCAGCUCCAUUGCUGGCAGACCCCAGAUUCACCCCUGGUCCAACCCCUUACAACAAGUUCACUCCAGCUCGGAGACCUUUGGAUAAGUUUCCCAAAAAAUUUGAUGGUCCGUGGGACGACGAAAGAGGGGAUGGACUUCGAGGGGGCUAUGUGGACCAAUACGAUGACAAUUAUAACAACGAGCACGGAUACGACCACUAUGGAGAGAGGUUCCCCCCUCCACCUCCACACAGCGGACCUAUGGACUCGGGCAGGUUUGUCAAUGGCAACAGACGUUACAUGGGGCGUGGGGAGGGGAUGCACCCGGGGCCCCCGGCACCACGGGGCCCUGGCUACGGACUCCUCACCCCCACGGGGCCCCCCAACGGCACCCAGACCAGCGGUGGUGGCUGUGUCAUGAUGGUGUAUGGACUGGACAAGGACAAGGUGAAUCCGGACAAACUGUUCAACAUCUUCUGUCUUUACGGCAACGUCAUCAAGAUAAAGUUUCUAAAGACUAAGGAAGGCUGUGCUAUGAUCCAGAUGGGAGACACAAUAUCUGUCGAGCGUUGCAUUUCCAAUCUCAACAACACUUCAGUCGGCGAAAUGCAGAUUCAGCUAGGAUUUUCUAAACAAGCGUUCCUGAGUGACGUGGCACAACCGUACAACUUGCCAGACAGCAGUCCUUCCUUCAAGGACUUCAUGGGCAGCAAGAACAACCGGUUCAUCAACCCGACCAUGGCCAGCAAAAAUCGGAUACAGGGACCCUCUAAGGUUUUGCACUUCUUCAACACCCCGCCAAACAUCACAGAAGAUGUGCUCAGAGAUAUUUUCUAUGAAAAGUGUGAACUAAGACCAAAUGUGCAGCUGUUUCCCAUGAAAGGUGAUCGUAGUUCCUCAGGCCUGCUAGAGUUUCAGAGUGUUGAAAAGGCACUUCUUGCAUUGAUGCUUUGCAAUCACCACCCUGUUAAAAAUCCAAGUGGCAAAUUCCCCUACGUGAUGAAGCUGUGCUUCUCCUCGAACCGGUUCCCGGUGAACCUCAACUUCAAAUCUGAACCAUUAGAUGCCGGGGACAAGGAGUAGACCCUCAACCCGGUGGCAGUUUCUCGCUCUUUACAUGUCAAUUAUUAAUGAUAAGCCCAACAAAACUAACUGUAAAAUUCAUUAUUGUUUGUUUAAUUUUGUCCUUUAACACCUCAGUUGAAUUAUUUUUUUUUAUUACCCAAAAUUGUUUAUUGUUUAUCUGUUUUGUGGAUGUUUAUAAUUUAUUUGCUGUCAAUGUCAAACAAAACAUACGGAAACGCAGAGAAACUGCCACUCGGAAACGGAUGAUAAAUUCCAUAUAUGUUAGCGUUAGAUUAGUCUUUUAUUGUUUUUACUGUCUUUUGUAGAUUGUAAGUUAUUUGACACAAAUUUGUAAUAAAAUUUUGCUAAAUAUGUAUUUUUAUUUAGUUGGGAAUUUAAAAUUAGUUUGUUGUAAAAUAAUAUUUCAUAACUUUUUAAUUAUUGACAGAUUAUUUUUUUCAAGUAUUUCCAUAUUGUUAUUGUUUUUUUUUUAGUUUUUUUGUUAAUACAAUAAUUAUCAUUACGUUACUUGUUGGCAACGUAAAACAUAUCAAGCUAGCGCUUAUCAACAUCACGUCCUACUUUACCUAACAUAACCGUUAAGUUCUAAAAGACAGUAAUUUAUAGGAGAAUUGUUAACACUUCUUUUAUUUCCUCAUGAAGUUAUGAUUUUUACUAUUUAGUGUGUAACGGAAGUGAACCGGUUUGAGCCGGGAUUGGUUGUUUUACUAGUUUGACAAAUUUUACUUUUCAAUCGUUGCCAUAAAACACCAAGUGAUGCUGUACCGUCUGUGGUCUUUAUUGUAACAUUUGUAAUGAGAACACCGCAUAUAUUUAAACCGGUACAGUAUUAAUAUAUGGAUUAUAAUAUAAAUAUUGUAAAAAGUUUGACCACGGUCUUAAACUAUUUCGUCUUCACGGUGGAUUGUCACGCUAGUGUUUAGUCUAAUUUACGAAUGCUCUUAGUUGUACAUUGAAUGUAGCCGGUCUCAGGUUCGGUCACUGUUGAAUGUUUGUAUGAAUGACAAAUAGAGUUAUUGAUUUGA